UAAAGUGUAAGGCUAGAGCCUAUGUGAAACGAUCAUUACUCAAUUAUGAAAACACACAUUUUAUAAUUUGAUUUUCUUUUAACAUUAUUUUUAGACUUUCUAAAAAAAACGACGUUCCAGGGUCCAAAAAGUUAUAUAGCACAAAUAUGUGAAGUACACCUGCAGUAUGGAAACAGUACAACAAAAGGGUUGUUUUUUUCCCCUAGUAAAUUCCUCUCUAAUAUAUAUUCAAUUCUCUUUGAUCCCAACCCAGCUAUGAAUAAAAAAUACCUUUUUUUAACCCUAGGCAAUUUGUGAACGGUUUCAAUCGGAGAAGAGGGAAUCUAUGAUUCCCGACCCCACCUUCGACUGGUUGAAGGCGCCCGUCCUCAAGUCCUCGGAAGUUCAGUCUGAGACGGAGCCGGACACCAAGACCGUAUUGACAACGAAGGCGAUGUUGACGACCGAAUCCAGUCCCCUCCCUCUCCAACCGUCUUCUGUUCUCCCUGAGACGCUCGUCGUGAAGGAGAAGCUGUUGAAACUGACUCAUCCCGACAUGGGAACGAUUUCCCUAAUCGUUUCCGUAGUCUCGCUCUGCCUCACUCUAAUAUCAUUGUUGGCUAACCGAUGUUACAAACGUUGUCAACAGAAAGGAAGAAGAGCUAAGAGUAACGGAACCCUGCCACUCCGGACCACAGGAACGAGAAGAAUUCCAUUGUCGGAGCUCCCCUCAUCAGGUCGCAUAACCCCUGGGAGAGAGAGACGGCGACCACCCUCAGACAGCUCAACCCUCUCGUCAAUGACCACCGGAAGGACAGAGCUGGAGAACGUUGAGAUUCAUUGUCUCCAUCCUCAGCAACCUGUGUUCCCUCCCCUUUCGCUCAGUCAACCCGCCCAGGCAGGGGCACGUUCAACCGUCCAAAGCUUCCAGCCGUCAAUCCAAACUGACCAACGCCUGAACCUUGGUGGCACACGACUCAAAACAACAGCAUACACCCGCGACUUUUACGGAGGGGUCCCCUAUCCAAACAGAGGAGGGGUCGGAGAGAUUUAUCUCGACCCAUCCAGGAUAAUGAGCCAAGCCGCCAGCCAGGUGACCGAGGGACAUGAGUCGGAGUACUCCUCCUUCACAAACCCGAUUUUCAGUUCCACAGACAUGGGCCUUAACCUACCAAGUGCCACAGAGUUUGAGAGCGAGUGGUCCACGCCGCCCAACCAGUAA